AUGGCUAUCGGCUUGCCCGGAAAUCUCGCCAAGCAAAUUCUCCGACGAUCUGGGUCCAGCUCAAGCAAGUCAGCCUCGAAAAGGUUCCCGGAUGUACCGAAAGGUUUCUUGGCAGUCUACAUAGGAGAGACGCAGCGGAAGAGAUUCGUGGUGCCGCUAUCCUACUUGAGCCAGCCUUCAUUUCAGGACUUGCUAGCCAUGGCAGAAGAGGAGUUUGGGUUCGAUCAUCCGAUGGGGGGGUUAACGAUUCCCUGCAGUGAAGAGACUUUCAUUCAUCUCCCAAUUCGCGACGAGGACCGUAAUGAAACGGCCUAUUCCUCCCUAAACAAUGCCACCACAAUGCUUCACCGAGGAAGAGUGAAAGAUUCAUCAACAGAAAGAGAAAUGGCUAUCGGUUUGCCAGGAAAUCUCGCCAAGCAAAUUCUCCGACGAUCUGGGUCUGGCUCAAGCAAAUCAGCCUCAACAAGGUUUCCAGAUGUGCCGAAAGGUUUCUUGGCAGUCUAUGUUGGAGAGACUCAGAGGAAGAGAUUCGUUGUGCCAGUAUCUUACUUAAGCCAUGAAUCGUUUCAGGACUUGCUGACCAUGGCAGAAGAAGAGUUCGGGUUUGAUCAUCCGAUGGGCGGGUUAACAAUUCCCUGCAGUGAAGAAAUUUUCGUUCAUGUCACUUCAGCCUUGACCAGAUCUUAA